CUGACCGCUGGGGUCGGAUCAUAAAGACUGAGGUCAGUGUGACGGCCCAAAGUCCUCCGUCACUCUCGCCAUCUGAUGAGGAGUGAGAGGGAGCAGAGACGGCCGGAGGAGCAGGGUCGGUGGCUUCUUGCACCUUGAUGACGGAGCGGAGAACAGAGUGAGACGUAAAACAGCCUGAGGGGUGAAAACUCUCCUUAAACCCCCCCCCUCCCCCUCCAUCUGCACGAUGGCGCUGCUGCAGCAGAUGCGCUCCCCUCGCCUCUCCUUCAUCCAGACGGUGGUGUCCCUCUCCCUGGGCGGCACGGCCCUCAUGUCCUCCUACUGGUGCGUGGGUAAGCAGAAGGUGCCCAAGCCGCUGUGCACGCCCGUCAAGCACAGCAACUGCAUCCCCGUCCCUGGUGUCUCCAACUCCAACAUCCAGUUCUCCUGGGAGACGGGGGACGACCGCUUCGUCUUCCCCACCUUUCACACGGGCCUGUUUCUCACCUGUGAGGAAAACAUCUACACAGACGCAUGGGAGGAGAAGUGUCGAGGGUUUUACACUCUGACUCCCGGAUCUGAGAAAGCUAUGAUGUGGCUGUCGCUGUCGUUGGAGCUGAUGUACGUCGGUCUGCUGUUGAUCAGCUGCACGCUGCUGUCGGUGCAGUUGUGCAUGAGGGCCUGGUGCCCGUCCACACAGCGCUGGGGCCAGCUGCUGAACGCUUUCGCAGCUGUGUUCACGGUCCUGGGAGGUCUGCUCGGGAUGGUGGGUCACAUGAUGUUCAUGCAGGUGUUUCAGACGACCGCCUCGAUGGGACCAGAGGAUUUCAAACCUCACAGCUACGGCUACUCCUGGGCUUUCUACGUGGCCUGGUUUGCCUUCACGGUCUGCAUGUCCGCCGGCGUCUCCACCCUCAACAACUACACCAAGAAGGUCUUGAUGGUGGGACCCCGCUUUACUUUCAACCCCUGGACCUUAAACUUUGUGGGGCUCCCGCCGCCGGCUCCUUACUACACCCCUCCAAACGCAGCCAUCAACCCGGCCUGUCCCCCGUCACCUCCCCGGAUCUCCCACCUGUCUCCCUACUAUGAGCCCCCCUCCACCAAAGUGCCGGCCUCUGCUCCGAGGCUCACGCACUCCCACUCGCUUCCACUCCCCCACUCUGACUCCUUCCCUCCUCACCCCUCCAGUCCUGCACCCGCGUCUCCGUUCCAUCGCCUGUCGCUCCCGUCACAGUCUCCGUCACCCAUGCUGCCGGCCUCCGUCCGCGUGGCGCUGCCGGCUCACAGGGAGGACCCCUUCGAACCGGGGGAGGUCUACAGCCCACUUUGACCUUUUGAUCCAGACUCACGUCUUCCUCCUUUGGAAGCGCUGCAGGUCAAUGUUCGUCAUGCACUUGUCAUGUGCUCUGAAUUCACAUUCCAGUCUCCAGACUCAAUGAGGUAAUUAGAUUUGAUCAUAAUCACUCUGUUCUGAAAAAGAAGGACGAUGUAGAUGCAGGAGACUUGAUGUACCACGGAGGAAUGUGUUCUCUGUUGGAACCUUUAGGCUCAAUUUAACACAAACUUAUAAAUAAAUGUAAAAUAUCC